GGCAGAAUCAACGCGCCUUUCACGCCCGGCAUCCCCAGCAGUCCCCUGGCUCAGCCUUAGGCAUUUCUUGUCUUGUCUGCAGGAGGCACGGCAUGCUGAAAUAAAGAGGAACUUCUGUCCCCUGGCCAGGCAUUUGGGAAGGAGACAGGAAGAAGAUUAUUUUAAAGGUGGGUUCCGACGCCGCCGACACCAUGCCGCCGCCGUGCCCCCCCCGGACCCUGCCCCGGGCCGCCCCCGCCCUCCUCCUCUUCAUCCUCAUCCUCAUCCUCCUUCCGCUUCUCUGCGCAGCCCCCGAUGUUUCAAGGGGAAAUAAGCUUAAACUGAUGCUUCAGAAACGCGAAGCCCCCGUUGCCACGAAGGCCGAGGUGUCAGUGAAAGAAACGGUGGCCAAGGAGUUCCUCAGCAGCUUGAGACGCCAGCGGCGCCAGCUCUGGGACCGGAGCCAACCUGAUGUCCAGCAGUGGUACCAGCAGUUCCUCUACCUGGGAUUCGACGAAGCGAAAUUUGAAGAUGACAUGUCCUACUGGACCAAUUUGGGGCGUGCUCGUAAUGAAUACUAUGGUGGGCACUACCAACACCACUAUGAUGAAGAUUCACCAAUUGGUCCAAGAGAUCCAUACACCUUCAGGCAUGGAGCAGCUGUCAACUAUGAUGAUUACUGAUGCCAUUUAUCUUGCUAUAGCUGCUGCCUGGGUGAGGCUGAGUCCUCCCUCAGUCUGAGCAUCCUUGCUUUUCUUCUAUUCACGUGAAACAGCAAGAGUAAAGGAGCUGCCAGGCUUUGAAGAAAGCAACAUGACUUUUUAAUUAUCAUUACUUAGUAAUACACUAUAUAAAGGUGUGAUAGAAAUAAAGCUUUUUUGAUAAAAUAAA